AUGUGGCGCGAACUCGUCAGACUCGCGCGACGAAGCUUCACGCCGAAUGCUGCAGCCACCAAACUUGGCGACGACCCCGCAACGAGACUCAAGACGGACGGCCCUGCCGAAGCUUUCAAGGAGCCCUGGUGCGCCGAGAACAACAAGAUGCACUUACGACGGCCAAGAGCACGAAGCCGUGUGGCUUGCAGGCCGCCUGAGGGCAAUCAUGGUGUUCACGAUGGUGCUGCAUCAAUAUGUGCAGCUGAUGCGGUUCUUUUUUUGAUACCGAUAGCUGCAAAGUUUAUUGCAGCCACAAUAUCGACGUUCUAG